CACAAGUCGGUCCCUGUAGUCAGGGCCAUCUUUGCUGGUGUUCUGCGCUCGCGCUGUACUACAGUGAUAAACACGUUGUAACACGCACACUGAUCUCAGCAAAGCAUCAGUUUUACGGCUACUAAGGCUGAACCAAGGAAGCUGCUUUAUUUUGACACCUGUUAAAAAUUGUCGAAGGAUUGAUAACUACAUUGUAAUACAACAUGGAUGAGGAAUAUGAUGUGAUCGUCCUGGGGACCGGACUCACAGAAUGCAUUCUCUCCGGGAUCAUGUCGGUGAACGGAAAGAAAGUUUUGCACAUGGAUCGGAACCCAUAUUAUGGAGGUGAAAGUUCCUCCAUCACUCCUCUGGAGGAGCUUUAUAAGCGAUUUGAGCUCCCAGAUAGCCCUCCGGAGUCAAUGGGUCGGGGACGAGACUGGAACGUCGACCUCAUCCCUAAAUUUCUCAUGGCUAAUGGGCAGUUGGUUAAGAUGCUGUUGUACACUGAGGUGACCAGAUACUUGGACUUCAAAGUGGUGGAAGGAAGCUUUGUAUAUAAAGGGGGAAAGAUCUACAAAGUCCCUUCGACAGAGACUGAAGCAUUGGCAUCCAAUCUAAUGGGAAUGUUUGAGAAGAGACGUUUCCGGAAAUUCCUGGUUUUCGUGGCCAACUUUGAUGAGAAUGACCCGAAGACUUUUGAGGGCGUCGAUCCCAAGCAGACAACAAUGGGAGAGGUGUAUAAGAAGUUUGACUUGGGCCAGGAUGUUGUUGAUUUCACCGGACACGCCUUGGCUCUCUACAGAACAGACGAUUACCUUGAGCAGCCAUGCCUGGAGACUAUUAACCGCAUCAAGUUGUACAGCGAAUCGUUGGCCCGUUACGGGAAGAGCCCUUACCUGUAUCCGUUGUACGGCUUGGGGGAACUGCCUCAGGGCUUUGCCAGGCUAAGUGCUAUUUAUGGAGGAACCUACAUGCUUAACAAGCCAGUGGACGAGAUUGUCAUGGAGGGCGGCCAUGUCAUUGGCGUAAAAUCUGAAGGAGAGGUCGCACGAUGCAAGCAGCUGAUCUGUGAUCCCAGUUACAUCCCUGAUCGCAUGCGCAAAGCAGGCCAGGUGAUUCGGGUCAUCUGCAUCCUCAGCCAUCCCAUAAAAAACACUAACGAUGCCAACUCGUGUCAGAUCAUCAUUCCGCAGAACCAAGUGAACCGCAAGUCAGAUAUCUACGUGUGCAUGAUCUCCUACGCCCAUAACGUGGCGGCCCAGGGCAAGUACAUCGCUAUUGUGAGCACCACUGUGGAAACCGCCGAGCCUGAAGCCGAGAUCGAACCUGCACUCGAGCUGCUGGAGCCCAUUGACCAAAAGUUCGUGGCUAUCAGUGACAUGUACGAACCGACAGAUGAUGGGUCAGAAAGCCAGGUUUUCGCGUCACGGUCUUACGAUGCCACCACUCACUUCGAGACGACCUGCAAUGACAUCAAGGACAUCUACAAGCGCAUGACCGGCAGCGACUUCGACUUCGAGAACAUGAAGCGCAAACAGAACGACGUCUUCGGGGAGGAAGAGCAGUGAGGGAGAGAGAUGAGAUGGAGAGGAGGAGAAGGCAGUAGAUGAGGCAGCUGUGAGUGGGAUGGAUUCGAGGGGUUUGGGAUUGAUUAGUAAAGGAUUUGUAGCUGGUAUCAGUUAAGCAGGAUUGUAGCAAACAAACCAGGCUGUGGAUGUAGUUCAGCUGUUCUAAAUUUUCCUUCUACUUGUCUUACUCCUUGCUUCAUCCUCGCUCUCUCAGCUCUUUUUUUUUUAAAUUCUGUACAUUUUAGCACACAGGCACAACGCUCUUACGCUCACGUUCCCCCCGGCUCAUCCUUCACAAAGCGGUCUUACAUUUUUCCGUGAACGCGGUAUGCGUCAUUUCCGAGCUUCUCUCGUGUCGAAGUGAAACAUAUCCGAGCCUUAUUUAUUUGGUAGUUGUUUCGGUUUAUGAACGAUGCCUUUCGAAGCAGCCCUUGUGUCUUUACAAACUCCAUUAACACUAGGAACAAGAAGAUGUCUUGUAAAAUCACUGUAAACACUGCAAGUACUUUUAGUUCCCGAACCGUUUUAAAAAGACGAUUGUUAAACGAACACACACAGAAGAAUGGCAUUUAAAAGCCUUCUGCUCGCUGAACGUGUGUGCGUGUGUGUGUGUGUUAUCGACAAGGCUGUAUCCUGAUGAUUUUGCACACCCAUUAAACGUCAUAACAAAAAGACGCCGACCUCAACGAUCUCAACAAAGAUUUAGUCUUUAAUGUAUACUAUCAGUACGCAUGCAUGCAUCUUUCACCUCUGCUUAUUCAACACUUGGUCAACGGAUGGGUAUGAGACCGCAUAUGCAGUAAGGAAUUGGGAGUUUAAAAGCCAUGAACGUAAUUUUUCCGUUGCCUGAGUAGACGCCGUGUUCAGGAUCUACAACAGGAUCAGUUUGUAUAUGAAUCAUCGGUAAUGUGAAUCUUACCUUUAAUAAAUAUCCUGCCCCGUUGUGGUUUGACACUUGUAUAUCUUCUAGGUGUUCUGGUUUGUUCAACUAGGCUGGACCCUGGUCUAAAAACUUGGAGUUUGUGUGUGUGUGUGUGUGUGUGUGUGUGGGUGUGUUUGUGUGUGUGUGUGUGUGUUGUCUUCUUUCUCUUCUUUCUUUGUGUUCAUUUUGAUAGAAAUUGUGCUGGAGUGAUUCUUCCUCAGUCACAGUAAUGAUUUAUACUUCAAUAUUAAACACUUUAUAAACACUUAACCUUUAUGUUAUGGAAGCGUUUGUUAAAUUACACAAGGAACAGGACUUUCAGACAGGACUUUUCCUUGUGUUAUUUAUAAAUGACCAAAUCCCACAGAGGGUUCAUUCCAGUUUUUUUGUUUUGUUUACCCCACUCUCCCGUAUGGUUUUUGAUGGGUAUCUCGUCUCACGUGUCACAGUGAUGCUGUUCGAAUACUAUGCUACUAUAAGCACACGCUCUGGUACAAUUUCAUCUUCUUUCCUCUUUGUGUAUUAAUAACUGACCAACAAAAAAAACUAACAUUGGAAACUGGAUCAAAUUGCAUUAAUCUUACUGGUGAAUGUAGCUUUUAUUGAAAUUGACCUAC